GAUAUAGCGAAAAUUAAUGUUUACUCAUAAAAGUACACAACUUGAAAAACUAACUAACGAGAACGUUUUAGCCGUCCAUAAGGACACAAUAAAGUAAAAAAAAAAAAAACGAGAAAUAUUCAUGGCUUGUAACGGUUGUACUAAGGCGUUUGGUUUGUUUUUGAGAGAGAAUGGAUGUCCUUCGUGUAAAUAUUCUUUCUGUUCCAAGUGCUUGAAAUUUCGUAUGAAAAUCGAUGGCAAAAAUAAAGAUGUUUGUCUGCGCUGCUAUGAGUUUUCUAAAUCAAGGAACGACCCAAACACGAAUAAAGGCUCAAAAAAGUUAUCGAGCGACACUUCUAUCCUGGAUGUGCCUGUAGAAUCUUCCCAAAUAAUAGUGGACAUUAUUAGACCAGUAACGGUGCCAGAACAUACAACAGAUGACGAUGCUAUGAUUCGAGAACGACUUGCUGCGUUGAAGCAGAAAGAUGACAGUAAUCAACAGGUACCAGAAGCAUCGACUUCAGCUGGAACUAGUCUUAUCGAUAUAGAGAAAAGGCUGGCUGCCCUAAAAGGGGUGGAGUACAAGGACUACGCGGAGGCAAAUAAAAAAAUUCUACUGCAAAAAGAUAACCGUAGCGAAGAGGAACAGAUAAAAGAUUUGAUGACACAGUUUGCGCAGGAACAGGACAUUCACGAUUCAAUGGGUAAUUAUCGGUUGGCAGCCAUCGAUGAUAUCGAAAAACGUUUAGCUGCAUUGAAAGGUGGUUCAACCGAUGAUAAAGCAAAAAUGGAAGGAAACCAGCAGCUGCCGGAUUCGGAUGAAGAAAGCGAAGAAACCGAAGAUGAAGCUGCAAAGAAAUUGGCUGUCCGAUUCUUGGAAGAAGCAGCUAUCGAUUGCAAGAAAAACUCACAGGAAGAUGAAGACGAAUUGAACAAUCUCGACAUUCCUACUCCUUUGGAUCCAUCAGAAACAGAAGAACUACCAUGGUGUACUAUUUGCAAUGAGGAUGCCAUCAUUCGUUGUGUAAGCUGUGGAGGAGACUUGUUCUGUCGUGGAUGUUUUAAAGAAUGUCACGACGACGACGAAGACUACCGGAAGCACGAAACCAAACCGUUCAAACCCAUCACGAAAGGAGGAAGCUAAUAUUCACCUGAUGUGAUAGUUCUGUUAAUUAAUUUUUGAUUUUCUAAAAAAUAAUAGAGGAUUUUCGGAUGGAUUAUAAUAACUACAAUUAUUGUUUUAUAUAGGUAGUUACUCUAUUCUCGAGGAAGCAGGAAAUUAAUAGCUAAAUUUAAAUGUAAUGCUUGUAUCUGCAUUGAAGUAACACAUACAGAAAGAAAAUAUACCAAAUGAAAAAGAAAUAUUGUACUUAUACGAUACCUUCACAAAACAUCUUACUCCUCUGUGGGUUUAUUUUUGUUCUUCUUCUUUUUCUUCUUCUUAGGUUCGGCUUCAACUUCUGGUUCUGCCUCUACGAG